AUGUGGUCCCCGAGCGGAGCGCGGGGCGCGCUGCUGCUGGCGCUGCUGCUCUGCUGGGACGCGAGGCUGAGCCUAGCAGGCACUGAUUCGGGCAGCGAGGUGCUCCCUGAGUCCUUCCCCUCAGCGCCGGCCGAGCCGCUGCCCCACUUCCUGCUGGAGCCGCAGGACGCCUACAUCGUGAAGAACAAGCCGGUGGAGCUGAGCUGCCGCGCCUUCCCCGCCACGCAGAUCUACUUCAAGUGCAACGGCGAGUGGGUCAGCCAGAACGACCACGUCACGCAGGAGGGCCGGGACGAGGCCACCGGCCUGCGGGUGCGAGAGGUGCAGAUCGAGGUGUCUCGGCAGCAGGUGGAGGAGCUGUUCGGGCUGGAGGAUUACUGGUGCCAGUGUGUGGCCUGGAGCUCUGCGGGCACCACCAAGAGUCGCCGGGCCUACGUCCGCAUCGCAUAUCUGCGCAAGAACUUCGACCAGGAGCCUCUGGGCAAGGAGGUACCCCUGGACCACGAGGUUCUCCUGCAAUGCCGCCCUCCAGAGGGGGUGCCUGUGGCUGAGGUGGAGUGGCUCAAAAACGAAGACGUCAUUGACCCCACCCAGGACUCCAACUUCCUGCUCACCAUCGACCACAACCUCAUCAUCCGCCAGGCCCGCCUGUCCGACACGGCCAACUACACCUGCGUGGCCAAGAACAUCGUGGCCAAGCGCCGCAGCACCACGGCCACCAUCAUCGUCUAUGUGAACGGCGGAUGGUCCAGCUGGGCCGAGUGGUCGCCCUGCUCCAACCGCUGUGGCCGCGGCUGGCAGAAGCGCACACGGACCUGCACCAACCCCACCCCGCUCAACGGAGGAGCCUUCUGCGAGGGCCAGGCCUUCCAAAAGGCUUCCUGCACCACCGUGUGCCCAGUGGAUGGAGCGUGGACAGAGUGGAGCAAGUGGUCAGCCUGCAGCACGGAGUGUGCCCACUGGCGCAGCCGGGAGUGCAUGGCACCCCCACCCCAGAACGGAGGCCGGGACUGCAGCGGGACCCUGCUCGACUCCAAGAACUGCACCGACGGGCUGUGCAUGCAGAAUAAGAAAACUCUAAGUGACCCCAAAAGCCACCUCCUGGAGUCCUCGGGGGACGUGGCGCUGUACGCCGGCAUCGUGGUGGCCAUCCUGGUGGUGGCGGCGGUCCUCAUGGUGGUGGCGGUGGUGGUGUACCGCCGCAACUGCCGGGACCUGGACACGGACAUCACCGACUCGUCCGCCGCCCUCACCGGGGGCUUCCACCCCGUCAACUUCAAGACCGCGCGGCCCAACCACCCGCAGCUCCUGCACCCUUCGGUGCCCCCCGACCUCACCGCCAGCGCCGGCAUCUACCGCGGGCCCGUGUACGCCCUGCAGGACUCGGCCGACAAGAUCCCCAUGACCAACUCGCCCCUGCUGGACCCCCUGCCCAGCCUCAAGAUCAAGGUCUACAGCUCCGGCACCACGGGCUCCGGGCCAGGCCUGCCCGACGGGGCUGACCUGCUGGGGGUCCUGCCGCCCGGCACGUACCCCGGCGACUACUCCCGGGACCCCCACUUCAUGCACCUGCGCAGCGCCAGCCUCGGCUCCCAGCAGCUCCUGGGCCUGCCCCGGGACCCGGGCAGCAGCGUCAGCGGCACUUUCGGCUGCCUGGGCGGGCGGCUCAGUAUCCCCGGCACAGGGGUCAGCCUGCUGGUGCCCAACGGAGCCAUCCCUCAGGGCAAGUUCUACGAAAUGUACCUCCUCAUCAACAAGGCAGAGAACGCCCUCCCCCUUCUGGAAGGGACCCAGACAGUAUUGAGCCCCUCGGUGACCUGCGGGCCCACAGGCCUCCUGCUGUGCCGCCCCGUCAUCCUCACGGUGCCCCACUGUGCCGAAGUCAGUGCCAGCAGCUGGAUCUUCCAGCUCAAGACCCAGGCCCACCAGGGCCACUGGGAGGAGGUGGUGACCCUGGAUGAGGAGACCCUGGAUACCCCUUGCUACUGCCAGCUGGAGGCCAGGUCCUGCCACAUCCUGCUAGACCAGCUGGGUACCUACGUGUUCACGGGUGAGUCCUACUCCCGCUCAGCGGUGAAGCGGCUCCAGCUGGCCAUCUUCGCCCCCGCCCUCUGCACAUCGCUGGAGUACAGCCUCAGGGUCUACUGCCUGGAGGACACACCGGGAGCGUUGAAGGAGGUGCUGGAGCUGGAGAGGACCUUGGGCGGGUACCUCGUGGAGGAGCCCAAACCCCUGCUGUUCAAGGACAGUUACCACAACCUGCGCCUCUCCCUGCACGACAUCCCGCACACCCACUGGAGGAGCAAGCUGCUGGCCAAGUACCAGGAGAUCCCCUUCUGUCACAUCUGGAGUGGCAGCCAGAGGGCCCUUCACUGCACCUUCUCCCUGGAGAGGCACAGCCUGGCCGCCACCGAGUUCACCUGCAAGAUCUGCGUGCGGCAGGUGGAGGGGGAGGGCCAGAUCUUCCAGCUGCACACCACGCUGGCAGAGACACCAGCCGGUUCCCUGGACGCCCUCUGCUCUGCUCCCAGUGGCGCACUCACCACCCAGCUGGGCCCCUACGCCUUCAAGAUCCCGCUGUCCAUCCGCCAGAAGAUAUGCAAUAGCCUGGACGCCCCGAACUCGCGGGGCAAUGACUGGCGCCUGCUGGCGAAGAAGCUCUCCAUGGACCGGUACCUGAACUACUUUGCCACCAAAGCGAGCCCCACGGGGGUGAUCCUGGACCUCUGGGAAGCUCUCCAGCAGGACGACGGGGACCUCAACAGCCUGGCCAGUGCCUUGGAGGAGAUGGGCAAGAGUGAGAUGCUGGUGGCCAUGGCCACCGACGGGGACUGCUGA